AUGUCGAGCUUAUUCAGUGUGCUGAUUGCCAUAGGAGGCGGAAUGGGUGGCUUCCUUUUCGGAUAUGAAAUCGGAAUUAUCGACCAAAUCCUCGUCAUGGACAGCUUUAAGGCCUACUUCAACACUCCCAGCGACCUAUCGGUCAUCAACGGCAACAUUACAGCCUUGUUUCUGGUUGGUUGUGUUGCUGGAGCUCUCGCCGUCGCUUUCGUCGGGGAUGUCCUAGGACGCAAACGUGCUAUCUUUGCUGGUGGUUGUGUCUUCUCUGUUGGUGCUGUUAUUCAAACCGCUGCUCAAAGUCUCGGAAUGCUAUACGGUGGUAGAGUAAUCAGUGGUAUCUCAGUCGGUGUACUCUCGACGGUCGUACCAGUGUAUAUCGCCGAAUCAUCAUCUGCAAAACUCCGAGGAACUUUGACUUCAGUUUUCCAACUCCUGAUCACCUUCGGUAUUCUGGUCGCAUCUUGUGUCAACACUGGAAUCAUCAAGGGUCUCGAUGGACAAGAAGCUGAAUGGAGGACCGCUUUCGGGUUGCAAUUGGUUCCUGGUGCUCUUCUCUUAUUGUCGAUCUUGUUCUUGCCCGAAAGUCCUCGUUUCCUCGCCAUGAAGGGAAAGAUGGCCGAAUGUCUAAGCGUCUUGGCCCGUAUACUUGGACAAGUUGUAAACGCUCCAGAAGUACAAGCUGAAUUCCGAGAAAUCGAAAUCAUCGUGGAACGUGAUCGAGUGCUGGGAGAAGCUAAAUGGAGUGAAAUCUUCCAACGAAGUAUUCGUCCCAGAAUAUUCCUAGUCCUUGUCUUGCAAACGCUUCAGCAAUGGACUGGAAUCAACGUCAUCCUUUACUAUGCUGGGACUCUCUUCCAAGACAUGGGUUUCAGUCAUGCCGAGUCUUCAACAUCCUUUGUUAUUGCCAACGCCGGGAUCAACUUUUUGGCUACCUUCCCUGCGUUGUAUCUUGUUGAACGAGUUGGACGAAAGACUCUAUUGAUUGUGGGAGGUGCUGGUAUCGCCUUCUCACAUACUAUGGUCACCAUAUGUCUUAAAAUCAGUCAGAACGGAAAUCCUUCUGUAGCUUGGGGUGCAAUCAUAUUCGUUUACUUGUUUAUCUUCUUCUUUGCCAUCACUUGGGGCCCUGUAGCGUGGGUUUAUCAAUCCGAGAUAUUGCCUUUACGAGUGCGAUCCAAAGGAACUGGUCUUGGCACCGUAGCAAACUGGGUGUCUAAUGCCAUUAUUGCGAAGAUCUCACCAAUCAUCGCAACAAGUCUUGGAGCCUACCAGUAUCUUAUAUAUGCUGGCAUGGGUGUAAUGAUGACAGUGUUUGCCAUCUUCUUCAUCCCUGAAACGAAAGGGGUUGAACUGGAAGAUAUGGCUGCUGUGUUUGGCCAUCCUGAAGAAACUUCAGUUGCAGUGAUUGAUAGAAAGGAGGAGGCUGUAUAA